AUGAGUCAUUACUUAGGGCAACUCCCUAAGUACUUUCAAAGAUACGUUGUCAAUAUAAAAAAUGUAAAGUCUGAUAGUAAAUGUUGGUUUCGGGCACUAGCUGUUGCUUUGGGUGAAAACGAGCAUUUGAAGUUCGAGUGGAUUCGCAAACUAAUGCUAGAGGAGUAUGAGUCCAAACGCGGAUACUAUGAGGGUGCAUUCGAUGGUGACGCUAAACACAUACACACUUUGCUAUCAAAGUCUUAUCCAAAUGGUCGCCCACAAGAUUACUGGAUGAUGAAUCCAUAUUGCGCCAUGCUUCUGUCUAAUGCUUUGGGUGUAAUAAUUAUCUGUUUAAGUCUAGAGGAGAACAUCACAUGUUUUCCUUUUUGGAAGGGGCCAGGCGAGCUAUACAUAGACGACCCGAUAUGCAUUGCCCUAGUAUCGGGGUCCACACAUUUUGUUACGGUUUUUUUAGACAAGGACUGCCCAAUGCCUUACACCUCAGCUUGGGGACAUGAUAAACCUGCAUCGCAGGCCUGGGUAAGACAUCCGAAGUACAGAGACCGUUUAGCUGAGUACCACAGACACAUUCAAGCUAAUAAGGCACCUACGGGAUAUGAUAUCCUUGAAUAG